AUGUCUACACAACCACUAUGCCAAGACAAGCUGAAAAGUUGGAAUGGACAAAAAGAGAAAACCAUAUGCCAAAACCGUUUGGAGGCAAAGCAGACAAGUUUAGUUUGUCGAAACCAUAAACAAGUGACUGUGAAAGUGUUAUCACAUCGUAUGAAACUAUCAGUAAUAUUGAGCAGGGCUUCGAACAGAACAAAUCUCAAAAUAAUUCAUUUGCUACGCGAUCCUCGUGCAAUUAUCGCUUCGCGUUUACGUCUUGGCUGGAUUUCUAAAACUGGAACUUUGAAAAUCCAGGAAUUUUGCAAUCGCAUGAGUGAGGACUUACAAUUUGUUACAACUUCAACAAUUUCUAGGAACUACAUGAUAUUACGUUAUGAGGAUCUUGUUGCAAACGUUUUCCCAGUUGUAACAAAUAUUUUCCUAACUACAGGCUUAGACUUGACAGACAAUUUAGAAAAAUGGCUUGUAGAGAAUACAAGGUGGUCUGGUAGUAUAGACACACUCGAACCCUUCAGGACUACGAAAAGAAACGCAUUAAGAACUGCUCAUUUUUGGCGAAAGAAUAUUUCAAUGAAUGCAGUCCGCAUAGUUGAGGAGAACUGCAAGGUUGUCAUGAAAGAAGCGGGUUAUAGACGAGUUACAGACGUGCAUGAAUUAAGGAACGAAACUUUAUCUUUACUUGUACGACCAACUGAUAUUAUAAAUCAAUUUUUGUUGUAG